AAGAUAAAAAGCAAACUCGUCGAGUGUUGUGUUUGUUUUUUGCAAUAAUAAAAGAAAACGAACGGUGGUGAUAGGCCUUGUUCUGUAAUCUCAAUCGCUCCUCCCUCCUCUCUUUUCCAGCGUCCGAUUCCUUCUCCAUUAUCACCGAUCUUACACACGCUCGCGCCAAAUACAAAUUCAGGGUUCCGACGAUAUGUCCGAAGCUCCGGCGAGUCCUGGCGGUGGAAGCCACGAAAGCGGCGAACAUAGUCCUCGUUCUAACAUACGUGAACAAGAUAGGUUUCUUCCUAUCGCCAACAUUAGCCGCAUCAUGAAGAAAGCUCUCCCUGCUAAUGGCAAAAUCGCGAAAGAUGCUAAAGAGACCGUUCAGGAAUGCGUCUCCGAGUUCAUCAGCUUCAUCACCAGCGAGGCCUCUGAUAAGUGUCAGAGAGAGAAGAGGAAGACUAUUAACGGCGAUGAUUUGCUUUGGGCGAUGGCUACUCUAGGUUUUGAGGAUUAUAUUGAUCCUCUUAAGAUUUACCUUACAAGAUACAGAGAGGGGUUUUACUUUACAAGCUUUUCUGGUCCCCGGUGA